AUACACGGUGGAAUGAAAUUAAUUUAACGACUCUCUUUCUAAUUUUUAUAUUAAUUAUCUCCAUGGAAAAAUGACGUCGAACCCAACGAACGCAAUAAUUCGAUAUAAGAAUACCACCUUUUGCUCGCGAAAUUGCAGACUCAUGAACCAGUGACCUGAAUUCAACGACAAAAAAAUAAAAAUUGCAGACUGAUAUCGAUCGCUCGCGAAAUUGCAGACUCUCCCACAAAAUGGACUAUGUACAUGCCAUCAUCGCUGCGCUGUCCACUAUCUUCUGCUUCUCCUAUCUAAUAAUGAUCACCACCAUCUCCACGACUCGCCGCAGAGAAAAGAGCAACGCUCAGAAGAACCCACCCGAGCCAAGCAACGCGUGGCCAAUCAUCGGCCAUCUCCGCGUCCUAGCCGGACCUCAGCCUCCUCACCGAGCCCUGGGCGCCUUGGCCGACAAACUCGGCCCGGUGUUCUCCCUCCGCAUCGGUUCCCACCGCGUGGUGGUGGUGAGCAGCCCCGAAAUCGCAAAGGAUCUCUUCACCGUCAACGACGCGGCCGUCCUGUCCCGCCCGGCGCUCACCACCGCCAAGUACAUGUCCUACAACUUCGCCCUGUCCGCGGCCGGCCCGUACGGCGCUUACUGGCGGCAAAUGAGGAAGAUACAGAUGGUGGAGCUGCUCUCCAACUCCCGCCUGGAGCUGCACAGGCACCUGAGAGAAUCUGUCGUCGAGGAAUCGGUCAAGGGUCUCCACCGCAAGGUGGUGGCGGCGGGCGGGCAGGGAUUGGAGGUUGAGCUCAAGAGUUGGGUUGGGGAUUUGUCUCUCGGCCUUAUGCUCCGAAUGAUUGUAGGGAAACAGAGUAGCUCUGCCGCUGCACGUGGCGAGUACUCCCGAUUUAUGGGCGCCGUGGAAGAGUUUUUCCGUUACCUGGGGAUGUUCGUGGUGAGAGACGCGAUCCCCUGCCUCGGGUGGAUGGACGUCGGCGGCCAUGAGAAGGAGAUGAAGAGUGUGGCGAAAGAAUUGGACGACCAUCUUCAGGUAUGGUUGGUUCAACACAAACGGAACCGAGUAGAUCCGGGUCUGAUCAAUUCAACUGAGACAAGGGAGCAGGAUUUCAUGGAUGUUCUUCUCUCUGUUCUGGAUGAAGAUUCCCACCACGGAUAUGAUCGUGAUACAGUCAUCAAAGCGACGUCAUUGAGUAUGAUUGUAGGGGGAAUAGAUACAACUACCGCGACUGUGACAUGGGCAAUCGCUCUGCUGCUGAACCACCGCCAUGUGCUGCUCAAGGCACAAGAAGAGCUCGAUCGAUACGUCUCCAGGGAAAGAGCAGUGACGGAAGAAGACAUUGGCAAGUUGGUCUAUCUCCAAGCAAUCGUCAAAGAAAGCAUGAGACUGUGCCCAGUGGGACCGCUCCUGAUGCCGCGAGAGUUCACCACUGACUGCGAUGUGGGCGGAUACAGAGUUCGCAAAGGCACGUGGCUGAUGGUGAACGCCUGGAGGAUCAAUACCGACGCAGAUGUUUGGGCCGACCCGACGGAGUUUAGGCCGGAGAGGUUUUUGACGACCCACAAACACAUUGACGUGAAGGGGCAGAACUUCGAGUUGUUUCCGUUUGGGAGCGGGAGGAGAUCUUGCCCUGGGAUGAAUUUGGCACUCCAGGUGGUGCUUUUGGUGCUGGCAAGUUUCCUGCACGUUUUCGAGAUUUCGACGCCAGGAGACAAGCCGGUGGACAUGAGGGAGAGCAUCGGACUCACUAACAUGAUAGCUGCGUCGCUUGAUGUCGUUGUCAAUCCACGACUGUUGUCGAACAUUUAGGCAGACUAGGUACUACGCAUGUGUGUGCUUGGGAUGAUAUGUAUUUUCAGGAUUGGAUGCUUUAUGUUUGUAGAGAUUGCUAAUAAAUUGGAUGUAUGGAUUGUUGCAUUUCUGGAUUAAGUGAAUUGGAUCAAAUGGAUUAGUGGUGAACUCCAAAUACCACAGACUUCCUCUCAAACAUGUGGCGUGGAAUCUUUCGAAUUUUCCAUUUAUCGAGUGGAUAAUUUGGAUUGGUAGACUGGAUCAUGGUUUGAAAUUAUUGUCAUCAAAUGUUUAUCGUAGGGUAGGUACGAGGCAUGUAUGUGCUUGGUUUGAUAUGUAUUGUCGGGAUUGGAUUUAAUUUAACCGUAGGAUUGAAUUUAAGCGUAGUUUGGCCUGGAUAAUUAUAUGUUUGUGCGAGGAUUGAAUUUAAGCGUAGUUUGGCCUGCAUAUUCCAAUAAUAAUGUAAUGCAUAUUAU